AAAAAUUUGUGUUAAAUAUUUCAUUGUAGUUCUAGGUAAUUUUUUUAUCAACUUUUUUAUUUAUAUUUUUUAAUUAAAAUUUUAUAAUAUUUAUUUUUAUUUAAUGGAUAUCUGUUUUAAAAGAUUAUUUAGCUGAAAAAAAUUAUUUUAUGGGCAAAGGCCCAAUGUCCCUUGUUAGGAAAUGUACAAGAUAAGUUUUAUACAGAUUGUAGUCACAACAUUGAUAAGCCAAUCAUAAUAAUGUGUUAAAAUAUUAAGCUUCGUUAAAAGUUGAACGACAAAUGAUGUUAAAAGUCCUUGCACACCAUCAAAGUGGCAUAGAAAUCAGGUAGCAGCCAAAACGAAUGCCUCCGACGUCCAUGGAACACCUUGGUCCAGGUUUUUGCAAUCCUAACUUGCGCAAUACCUAUUCAUCGUCUCGUUCAAAGUUCCAUAGUGCAAACUCCAAUACAUACGUGAACAACACACCAUCUUCUCCUUAUUAUAAACAUAAAUGUGUCUCUCAACCGACAACUAACCUGCCAUUGUGGACGGCAGUAUUCAGUUAUGAGGCACAAGGUGAAGAUGAGUUGAGCCUCAAACGAGGUGAUAUUGUCGAGGUACUUUCGACCGAUGCAAAAAUAUCUGGAGAUGAAGGUUGGUGGACAGGUAAACUCGGCGACAAAGUUGGCAUAUUUCCUGCAAAUUUUGUCACAGAAAACAACAUUUUAGAAAAUGUGUCAACGGUAGUAGACAAUAUUCACAUAACUGAAAUCAAUUUUGAUGAACUGGAAUUGGAAGAAAUUAUUGGUGUCGGUGGUUUUGGUAAAGUUUACCGUGGAUAUUGGAAUAAUAAAGAAGUCGCUGUCAAAGCAGCACGCCAAGAUCCUGAUGAAGAUAUUAGUGAAACAUUAAAAAAUGUCAAACAAGAAGCAAAUUUGUUUUGGCUAUUAGACAAUGAAAAUAUUGUAUCAAUGCUAGGUGUUUGUUUAGAAAUUCCAAAUUUGUGCCUAGUCAUGGAGUAUGCACGUGGAGGAUCACUUAAUCGUGUGCUAAUGGGAAGAAAAAUACGACCAGAUGUACUUGUUGAUUGGGCAAUUCAAAUUGCUAGGGGGAUGAAUUAUUUACACAAAGGAGCUCCAAUAUCACUAAUUCAUCGAGACUUGAAAUCAUCAAAUGGUAAGUUGAUACAAUCAAAAUUAUGUUUGUUUUAAUAAGUACCUAAUCAAAUAUAAAUUAUGAUAAAAAUGAAAAAAAAUAUGUAACUAUAGUUAAAAUUGCAUAGGUAUCAACUCAUAAAACAUUUCAUUACUUCAUAUUAAAUUAUACUUAACAUUUUUAUUGAAUAUUGGUACCUAUUAACAUUAUGGGUACCUAUUAUAUUUUCUUUUUUUGCGGGUGGUUAUUGUGGUAGUUUAAAAAUCUAUUUUUUCUGUAUUAAUAUCGAACAAACAAAUUUUACACUUAUAACAUUGACAUAAUAUAUUUACCUACAUACACUUAAAAAUAUAAAAUAUUAUUAUGUAUAAAAUAAAGAUCUACAAUUUAAACUUCAUUCAUGAAUUUUUCAUCAAGAUAUUUUUAGAAACCCAUACAAAUUUAAUUUAAACAAAUUAAUAUAGUAUUAGGUGCAGUUAUCAGAUUUGUAAUUCUUUUGUAUUUACUUUAUUUAAUAAUAUAUAAAACAUUUUAUAACUAUUUACAAAAUUAUUUCAAUGCUAUUAACAUUGAAAUCAACCUUAGUUAGUUUUACAGCAUAAAAAUAGAUACUUCAAUACUUCAUAAUAUAUUAUCACAUAUUAAAUGAUAAUAUUUUUCAAAUCUAUUAAUUUAUUUGUUUGGAGUUUCCUUAAAAAUUUAUUGAAAUUAUAAUAUCUUAUAUUUUAUACAAUUUAUUGUAUGCUAAUGUACAUAGUUGUUGAAUUAAGUAUUAAACACUGGCCUUAUUUGAUAAAAAAAAAAAAAUAAUGUCAAACAUAGAAGAAUUUUCAUAAUAAUUUAAAAUAGGUACAUUAUUAAGUAUUUUUUGUUUGACAACAAAAUUUUUGAUAUGCAUACACUUUGUUAAAUACUUGAGUGUAGCUUUAACUUUUAUAUUCAUGUUUGUAAUAUCAUAUUUUGUGUAGUUAAUAAAAUAAUAUUUGUUUCAUUGCAAUCUUGUUUGUUAAAAUCUAUAUAUUCCAUAAACAUAUUGAUUUUUGUUUUUUCGUAAAUUAACUUUUAUAAAGCUACAAUAAACAAUUAUCUAUAUCUACUUGUGUAAAUAUGAAUAAUAAUGAAAGUUAAGUUUUAUUAUUGCGAUAAGUACAUUUUUACAAUUUGGCAUACAUAUAUAGUUUUAAAUUUGGACUACCCCAUGACUAAUAGUUAAAAAGAAUAACCAGAACCCACAAUUAUUGUAUAAUUUUAUAUUAAUAUUCAUUCUGGAUACCUAUUUGUUAUUGCUUAGAAUAAUAUGUGAAAUGAAUAUUAAUAACUACAUUGUUUAAUAUAUGUCUAACAUUUUAAUUUGCAGUGCUUUUAAAUGAACCAAUUGAAAACAAUGAUUUACAAUUUAAAACUUUAAAAAUCACUGACUUUGGUCUUGCCAGAGAAGUUUACAAAACAACUAGAAUGUCAGCAGCUGGAACAUAUGCUUGGAUGGCCCCUGAAGUUAUAAAAAAAUCAACAUUUUCAAAAGCAAGUGAUGUCUGGAGGUUUGAACAAAUUAUAGUUGAAAACUAUUUUUAGCGAAUGUUCUUAUUAAAGAAUUUAUACUGUAAAUCUGGUUCAGGAAGUAAAAUCUUAAAAAAAAAAAAAAAAAUUCUAAAGAAGAAAAAAUUGAAAUUCAACUCAAUUUUGAUUACUAUUAUUUAAUCACCUUUCAUUGAGGGCCAUCUACAAAAUUAAAAUUAACAUUAUUAAAAGUACAAUUUUAAAAUAAUAUAAUACUAAUAUAUUUAUGAACAUCAACAAUUAUAUUUUAAGUUUCAUGGCUUGGUUCUCCUUAAUAAGUAAUUUUAAUUAAAAUACAUUAGUAGAGAAAAUUAAAAAAUAAUAUAUUACCUUUAUUGUAAUUGUUUUUUAAAAAAAAUUAAUUUUUGAGUGAAAAAAAAAAUAAAUAUUUAAUUUCUAGUGUGAUUUUUAAAAUUGAAUAUUUUCCAAUAAUUUAUUUAUAUCCUCUUUCAAAUCGGAUAUUGUGAACAAUAUUUAUUUUGUUUUGAUAUUUAACUAGUGAAAAUGUCUCCUCACAAAUAUAAAUGCUACCGAAAGUAGUAAUAAUUUUUUAGCAAAGCUUUUAGUAAUCUUUCAAAUUUAUUUUGGAAAGACUAUUUACAAUAUUUUUGGUUCAUUACUUUCUUUAAAAUCAGUUUUAAAAACAUGGUUGUUUCAUUAUUACUUCCAUCUGUAAAUCAGAUUCAACAUCAUCAAUGCCAAUAGAAAAAGGGUUUUGAAACAACUUGAUAUUUUCCUCGUGUUUGUAGAAAUCAGAAAAUCUUUCUUAAAAUUAAUCUUUUAAUUAACAAUUAUAUUUAAAAAAAUAUUUCUUAUAAUUGGCAUAUUUCAUCUACAAUGGCUAACAUACAUUAUUUUAUAUACUCUGCGUUGGUAAAUAAAUUAUUAUUUUUGGUUAUCAUUUCAACAACUAUAAAAUUAACACGUACUCCUAAUUCGUUUUGAUUAUGUUGAAUAUUUAAAAAACUUUUUAAGUUAUUUAUUUUAACUUGUGUAGACCAGUUAGGGUAUGUUUGCGACUGUUAAAUUUUAAUUUAUAAUUUUUUUUAUAGUGACAUUUAUUAUUAUACUCUUUUACUAAUAAAAUAGUUUUUUGGCAAAUUAAUCAUAACAGUUUUUUUUUAUUUUCGAUAAAAAUUUGUCUAUGAUUCAUUAAAUAUACAGUGUCCAUAAUAAAUUUUAUUUUUUUUGCCAUAGUAUUGAUAUUUAUAAAAUACUUAGAGUAGUUUGAAUUUCAAUUUUAAGAUUGUUAUUUGAUGUCUGUACAUUGAUGUUUCAUUACGAACUGCACUAAAAUUAUAAACAGAUUUGUUGUAAUCUAAUAAAAUCUAAUAUACAGUAUUCCUUAUAUUUUGUAGUUAUAAUAGAUUGUUUUGUUUAAAAACUUGAGAACAAUGUGAGAUAAGUUCAUAGCUUAUAUUUGUAAAAGUAUUAUAAUUACGAUUUGUUUGAAAGCAUAAAAUUAAUACUUUUAUUUAUUAAAAUUUAAAAUAUAAAAUUAGAAUUUUAAAUAUCAUGAUAUAUAUUUGUAGGACUGUAGGAAAAAGUUAUGCCGCUCGCUGGUUGCCAGUGCCUGCAUUAUAUUAUAGAUCAUUUUGCCUUUAUGACCUGUAGAGCAUAAAAAUAAAUACAUUUAAUUUUUUAUUUAAAGAAGUUGGUUAAUAUAGAUUUCUGAUUGAAUUUUAGUUCAUAAUUAGCAAUGAUUUGAAUUAUUUGAUAUUCUAGUUAUGGUGUACUGCUUUGGGAAUUACUAACUGGUGAAACACCAUACAAAGGUAUUGAUGCAUUGGCUGUAGCUUAUGGAGUAGCAGUUAACAAACUUACUCUACCUAUACCUUCAACUUGUCCACAACCAUUUAGAGAACUUAUGGAAGGUAUUUGAAUGAAUUAAUUAAUUUUGUUAACAUCAAUAUAUUUAUUUAUUAUUUUUUUUUUAGUUUGUUGGCAUUCUGAUUCUCACAUGAGACCAAGUUUUGAUGACAUAUUGACUUCAUUGGAUGAUAUAGUUCAUUCUGCUUUCACACAGACUCCACAUGAAUCUUUCCAUACUUUGCAAGAUGUCUGGAAAGUUGAAAUUGAACAAGUACUUGAUGGACUAAAAAUGAAAGAAAAAGUAAGACAAUAAACUUAAUAUAUUAGAUUUUACUUUUUAAUUUUCAAAUGUAAAAUAUUAUUCUAUUUUUGAAAUGCUUUCAUAAGGCUUUUAGAUCCAAAGAAGAAGUAAGUCUGUGUGUAUUUAUUGUAUUGAAUGGUCAAAGAGUAAUUUUUAUAAUAAUUCAUUUUUUUUUUUUUUAUUUAGGAAUUAAGGUGUCGUGAAGAAGAAUUAAGUCGAGCUCAAGUACAACAGAAAAUUGCUGAAAAACAUUUGAAACAAAGAGAACGUGAUUUAGAAGCUCGAGAAAUGGAAUUGCUCAAGUGGGAACUCAAUAUCAUAAUGCAACAACAACAAACAACACCGGCCAUUCCAACUCCCAACAAACGACGUGGACAUUUUAAAAAAUCUAAUAUUUUAAAAAUGUUAAAAAAGGAACCAAACCAGUUGCCUAUUAGUUCUCCAUCUGGUAAUUUUUAUUAUUUUUAAUUGAUUUUAAUUCUUUAUUAAUUAAUGUAUGUUAUACAGAUUUUCGACAUACAAUAACUGUACAACACACAGGUGAUAGGAAAAAUCGUGAUGCAUCUGGUCCUAACAGUCCACCUGGUACUACAAGACUGAGAGCUAUUGCACGUGAGUAAUAAAACAAUCUGUGUGAAAUGUUCUUAUGAUUAGAAAGAAAUUAUAUUGCUAGUAUUUCAUAUUGUUUGAUUAAAUUUGUAUACAAAUUUUACUUUAAUAAUUUUGCUCUAGUAAAUUUAACAAGUAUUAGAUUUUGUGAAAUAAAUGCAAUAAAUAGUUUUGAUGAUUUGGUAACAGUUAAAGUAUUUGUUCACACUAUAUUAGAAGUUUUAUUUUCUUGAUGUGUAUAGAUACAUUUUAAAAACAAUUGAUAUUACAAAUGUUUUGAAAAGCUUAUUCUUUAUUAUUAUUACAAUAGUGUUAUACGCAUUAUAUUUAUCAAUUUAAGGGAUCACAAUUUAGAAACCAUAGAAAUUAAUUUGAAAAAUCUUUCAACUAUAGGCAUAUUUGCCUAUAAGAAUGUAGUACAAUACAUUAAAAACAUUAAGACUAGGGAUGGAUCGAUACCGCUGUUUACUGAUAUCUGAUAUAACAAUAUAAAAUCAAUAUCCAAUAUUUGAAUCGAAAAACAAGAGUUAAUAUUAAAAUCAAUCAAUUUAAUAAUUGAAAAUCAAAUUUAUUAUUUUUUUUUUAGACAUUAUUCUUCUUGAAAAAAUCUGGUGAAAUAUCAGUUUUGAAAAGAAAAAACCGAUAACACUAAUAUCAAUUAUUGUUUUAUGUAUCGGUCCACCCCUUAUUAAGAUCUACUAAAAUAAAAAAAUCAUAAUUGAAUGAAAUAUUAAACAUUGUUUGUUCAUUAAUUUAGUUCUUUAAAAUGAUAUUUUAUGCCUGUUAGUAAAAUAAUAAUAAUAAUAAUAUUGUGUUAUAUUAAAAUAGCAAAAGAACAAUUAAUCAAGUUUAAUAUAAAAAAAUAAUAAUAAUAAUAUUCCAUAUUUAUGAUUUUAAUAGUUAUUUUUAUAAUAGGUAUACAAUAUAUGUAGGUUAUAUUCAUAUAAAUAUGUCAAAUUAUUUACAUAAAGCAGGCAAACAUGAAUAUUGAUACUUUAAUUAAGCAAUUCCAUUUAUAUGUUAUAUUUUGGAAAAUAUUGUUUCAGAAAAGUUUAUUUAAAUAUUUCGCUAUUGCUAUUUCAGGGAAGCUGAAUUUAUGCAAAUGAUGGAGUCUAGUGUUUGCAUUUAAUUUAAAAUAUUCAAAACCCUAUUGUAUAACAGAUAAUAUCAAAGAACUCUGUGUAUGUGCCCCAUCAUUGAUGAAUAGUUAGAAUAGAUUUUAUAGUUUUGAAGGACAAUAUAGGAUUAGUAGAUGAAAAAUAAUUUGUUCAUGAUUCUGUUACAAGGUAUAUGUAUUAUGCACAUAAUUAGUUAUCAAUGUUAAUGGUUGCUUUGUGAAUACAUGUUGUUGGUGAACGAGUUUUAUUUAGUGAAAAUUAAUUUACAUUUAUGUGUUUACUAAAACCAUUCGGAAAGUAUUUUCUUUAGUUUGAUUUUUGUACGCUUAAAAAAUAAUGUUGUCUAUUGAAAUUAAGAUAUUUAGAUGUUCUAACAAAUAUUUGUUCUACAUUUAGAUUCAUAUUUGAAAUUCUGUUUUUAUGGGGAGUUUAAUUUGGUUUGGUAUUAGGUAUUUUAUAGAUCAGCGAUUUAGUUCAUUUUAGUUAAAAGCAAUAUGAACAUUGUUUUUUGUAUAGUUUUUUAUUUAAUGAGCUGUACAAUAAGUAAAUGUUAUUUUCUUUUUUUUUUUAACAAGCACAAAUGUGAUAAUUACAAAAAAAAAUACAUAUUACUUGUAUGGAAAAACUAUUCAUUAACAAAACGCUGUGUUUUCUAAGGUUUAAGAAAUAUUUUAUAGCCAUCUAGGGAAAUGUAUGUGAUUUAUAAAACUGUAUAAUUGCAUGUCAAUUAUUUUUAUGUUAAGAUAUUUUAUGAUAAAAUUAACAAAAUUAAAGGAUAAUAUGGACAUAUGCAUAUAUAUAUAUAUAUUAUGUAUGGCCACUAUGAUCGUAUUCCUCUAUAAAAAUGAUUUCAGUGCCAGCAGAUGGAGUCAAGGGCAAAACGUGGGGCCCUAGUACUUUUCAUCAACGUGAGCGCGUUCAGAUUCGUGGAAGUCCAUCAUGUACGUCAUCACCAGUCACAUCUUUCAAGGGAUGGUCUCGAUCUGCGCCCAAUUUAGAAAAACACCCAUCGUCAGUUCGUUCAAAUUUUGCGGCUUUACAAGAAAUAGGUACCCAUAACCAGGACGAUGACGAAGCAGAGACCAUAAGUCUAUAAUUUUUAUUUUUGCAUCCCAUACAUACUAUAAUAACCCUCUAACACUUUUACAUAAAUCAUUUCUUGGUGGUGGAAUUAAAACAAAACAAAACAAAAACAAAUUAUAAAUUAUACAAAAUUCAAUGGUUCUGGUUCUGAGGUCUCUUUAUUUUUAUAUAAAAAUUGUUAUUAAUUUGUUAAAAAUUAUUUUUAUUAUUAUUUUUAUUUCAAAAUGAAGCUUAUAUAUUUUUGUGCUUAAAGCACUGCUUGACUGUUGAAUUGUUUAUUUUUAUUCUUUUAUCUUCAAUAAAAUUGAAGUUAAAAGAAGCACACAUUCCAUAUUGCACAUCACAAAAAAUGUAUUCUGUACCUGUAUCUUUAGACUUAGGCCAAUGGCUGUUAUUAUUAUUAUUAUUAUUAUUAUUUAAUAUUUUAUUAUAUUAUUAUUAUUAUUAUUAUUUAUUAUUAUUAUUAUUAUUAUUAUUAUUAUAAUUAUGAAUUAUGAAUUAUUAUUUUAAUAUGUACCUACUGCCUAAAAUAUCAGGCGUGUACACACAAAAGAAAGAAGGACAUAAAAAUUUUGGUCCCGUUUAUUUAGAGUUGUUUAUUUUUUUUGUUUUAACCAUUUUACCGUAGUGAUUUUUUUUUUUAUCAUUAUUUUGAUUAGUUUUAAGAUUUUUUAACAAAACUUUCAAAAUUUAUAAUUAGUAUUUUUAUAAUAAUUUAUUUAGGUUAUUAUUGUGUAUAAUAUUUAUACUGGGAACAUGCAAAAUUAAUAAAUAAAUAAAAUAUUUAGUUAAACAAGUUUUAAAAAAAAUUAUUUCAAUUUUUUUUAAUAAAAUAAUUAAGUUGUAUAUUUGUUACAGUGUAUGGUAAGUAACUAUGAAUGAUCAUCUAUCAAGUUCUAUUAUUUAGCUUCAUUGUAUAAAGCUUAAUAGUCUAAUAAUUGAUUUGUUUACGCGCCAUAUUUUAGAUUAUAUUGUAGAUUAUGCAUGUUUCGUAUUAUUGAUACUUAGUUGCUACAGUUUUUGGUAAGCAUGCAAACAGAAAAUAUAUACAAAUACUUAUUAAUUAUUUAUUUCUUAACAUAUUUUUAACAAAAAAAUAAUUAUAUAUAUAUUAAUAAAAUAAAUUUCCAUGUAAGCUAAACCAGUAUAAAGAUAAUAAAAUAACAUUUUAGUGUAAUUUACAUAUGUUUUAUGAUUAAUUUAUCACUUAUUAAAAACUUACAUUUUAAUUUUUGGUUUAAAAUAAGUGAACCUAGCCAAACAGUUUAGUUACUAUUUAAAUGUAAUGGAAUUCCUAAUAUAUUAUAUCAAUUGAUUUACUUUUACAAUAAUAACAUUAAAUUCUUGUAUUAUAUUGCAUAAUACUAUUUUGACCAUUGCCUUUUAAUAAGGUAUUUAUAUUAUUAUAGGUUUGUUGUACUCCAAUAUAAUUUGUGAAGAAACAGUAAUUGCUACUAUAAAAUUAUAUUACGUCCAAUUUUCUAAUAUUUUUCUCAGCAACCAUCAAAAUAUGUUGUGUCUUAACUUUUUGCAGCCUUUUUGUAUCUAUACCUAUAUUGAUUACUAUGUAGGGACUCCAUUAUUUUACCCAUAACAUUUUGAUGAUUUUUUUUUGUUUCACAGUUUUAACAGUUGUUUGUUUUUUCAAUAUUUUCUCUAGACUACAGUGGUCCUCCAAUGUCCGCGGAUUGUUGGCUGAAUGACGAACGACCGCGGCCAUCAGAUUGGACCGUUGAUGGAGGAAGUGGAGGCAGUUGUUAUACGACCACAAACGACUACGGUAGUAUAUUGCCAGCUUCAGCAAGCGUGUCAUCUAAGUCAUUAUCGUCAUCGAUCCCCGUGACCACGACGAAAACGGCGCUGGUGGACAGCGUUUUGCACACGGCUGCGUCCAUGUUGGCCAGUCUUGUGCUGGGCGUGGACCUCAGGACGUUAUCUUCGGCCCCACCCAGGUAAAAUUUAAAUUACGUUUUAAAUUCCCCUUAAAUGCUAAACCCCUCCUCAAAUAAACCUAUCAUAUUUUCCCUAAAAUGAUUUGAAUCGAUCAUAGUUCAUGUACCGGGAAACUUAUAUUUUCUCGGUUACAAUUUUCUCUCAAGACUUUGUUAUGAAUUAAUUUUAUAUUUUAAAAUUAAACUAAUAUUGUAAAGAAACUCUUCAAAGAGAAAUGUCUUUUGCCAUGCUGUGUUUUUUAUUUAGUCUAAAUCAUAUUACUCAAUGAGUAUUUUAGGUCUGACAUAGCCGUAAACUCAUUGGAUUCGGAAUUUGUGGUUUUCAGUUAUUUAAGUCAGACCCGGCGUAGUUUUUUCGUGCAAGUUUCUUAUUUGGCCGGACCAAACAAUAAUUAAUUUUAGCUGAAAUAGGCCAAGUUGAGCUUUGACUUAAUUUAUAAUUCGUACCGGACCAAGCUAAAAACUAAAUUAAUUCUCUUUAACAUUUCUGAUUUUUUUUAAAUUUAGUUGCAGUGAAUUAACUUUUUUAUCAAACAAAAUAAAAAUAAAACCGUGCUUAGUCAAAUGUUUAAGUACCUAAAUGAAACAGACUGGGCCGAAUUCGGUCACAUGUUAAUUAAAUUUAUUUGGGUUAUAUUUAUAAGCUUGACAUUCAACUUAAUUGACCAGGCUGGGCAAUUAAAGCUUUUAUUUUAGGCUGGUUUGGACUUGAAGUGUAUGUAGGUAAAUCCCGUGCAAAGCUCGAGUAGGUACUUAUAGUUUAAAACGUCUUGUAUUUCUAGUUUAUCCUGUAUAUUCCUGUAUAUUAGUGGAAAAGUGCCUAGCAGAGAUUCUGACUGAAAACUUAAUAAAUUAUACUAAACUGAACGCUGUCUAUGUAAUGCCAAGAAAUGUAGAUAGACGAAAAAAUGCACUUACUGUACGAAUUCAUUAAAACUCGCAACUAUAGCAAGGUCACAAUGGCGUCCCAAUAAAAGAGAGAGGUUGUAAUAAAUAAUAAUCAUGAAUGAAUCGUUGACCUUUUUCUUUACGAAACUCAAAUCUUUAAUUAAUAAAACAAGAUUUUCCCUGUAGCUUGACAGAAAUAUAUAUAUAUAUAUAUAUAUAUAUGUCAAGAUUAAAUUACCAAAUAAAUCAGAUUACUCAUAGUUGUAGUAUUUUUUAGCUAAUGGGGGGGGGGAGGUAUAACCACUAACAUUGGCUCGAGCCACUGUAUGAUCAACCAACCUUUUUUUAAAAAUUUGUUUUCAGUCGUAAUGAACAAUGGUCGUCCGAAUUGGCGUCGCGUGUGUGCCCAGUACAGUCGGCCAGCGACCACCAUUACACUUUGGCGCACAAGCACAAUACGUACCAUGGCCCGUCGAAGCAUUUUCGGGCUUCCUUGUCACAGAACGCGGACGCAAAACCUUUGCGGUUUACCGACAGCCCACAGCAUCGUUUGAGUCGUUCGCGAAGAAAAACCAGACCGUCCCCCCGGCGGAAGUCGACCAGUGUCAGCAAUGACAAAAGUGAUGUGAGUUCAUACAUUCAUAGUAUAAUGAAUCGCACUCUUUACAUAAGUUGUAGAAACAACACAUUAGCAUCAAAACUAGAUAAGAGGGAAAUCAUAUGUUAGUAUAUCUUAUCUUAUUUAUAUAUAAAAAUCACGUGUACGACGAGUUUACGUGCGAUGCACUCUGAAAUUACUCAACUGAUUUUUAUAAAAUAAUACUUGAUAUGUGUGAUUUGGUUUAACUUAAAAUAUAGGAUAGUCUUAAUCUCGAUUAAUGAUCUAGACGGGGAUGAAAGGUUCUUUGAUAUUUUUAAAAUUAAAAUGAAAUUAUUUUUGUUAAAUUAUGGGUUACUUUAGUUAUACGAAUGAAAGGAAAAACAAUUUAAAACAAAAAAGAAAUAAAAAUGCCAUAACAACUUAAAAUAGUCUCUCUGGGUGUCUGCUGGUCUAUUAUUGGCUUGAGAUAAUAAAUAAGAUGAGCCAACUUGAUAAUAUAAAUGAGAAAAAAAAACAAAAAAAAUUAUGCUGUGCUGUGAAAAGUGAAAACGCGUACAAUUUUAUCAUUGAAUCUUUGUAUUUUUGGUACAGUAACAUUACACUACUACAGUACUAUUAUGUCCUCAUAGUUUUAGAACACUUUUAGUUCGCCACUGACCCACUUUCCACCUUUUUGUUUUUGUUCAAUAUACUGAUACGGGUAAAGCAAAACGAAAAUAAAGGUAAAAAGAAUGAAAAAUUAAAUGAAAAAAAAAAACGGGCACCGUCGAGCGCAGGACAGAUAGUACUAUAUAACUAAUAUUAUAUUCCAAUUGAUAAUUAAUAUUAUUAUGGUAAAUUUACCUACACACUGAAAACGUAAAAAAUAAAGCUGGAUUAACUUAAUUAUCUAAUUGUGUAAUGUUUUUUAAAAUAAUUUUGUUAUUAUAAACGGUGAACUGUUUUGAUACAGAGUGCCAAUUUUCGUUGUAUUUUACCCGCCUACCAAAUUUUGACAAUACACCAAUGUGAGUAGAUACUUGAGUAUUCAGUAUUUAAGUCUGUUCAUAAUAUUAAUAGUACUUCAUAAGAAAUUUAGUCUAUAAACAUAAUAACCACUGUAAUUACCAAUGGUAAUUUUAUACCAGAGAAAUCAACAACAGAGCUGGUGUUCUGUGUGAAACGGAUUGUAGAAAAUUACAGAAAAAGUGCCUACCUAUGUUAUGGCUUAUUUAGAUUUAGAGAAGGUAUAUGGUAGAAUACCAAGAGGUAGUUCUGAUGAGUAUGUUAAUGAGAAACAGAGUUCCGAGAUUAAAUUAAUUUAAUUUAAUUUAAUUUAAUUCGAUAGUGGAUAUGUAUGAAUUCAAAUGAAACUAAAAGUUAUACAAAAGUGUGAUGAGGACUGACUAUGUUAUAUGGUUUGGAAUUUUCGGGAGUAAACAGAAAAAUGGAACAGAGAAUGAGUGCAGUGGAAAUGGGAAUGCUUGGGUGAAUGAGUGGAGAGACGAGAAAUCAUAGGAUAAUGAAUAAGUGCAUAAGAGGUAGCUUAGAUGUAGCUUCAAUAGUAGACAAAAUAAGAUAAAAUAGACCGAGAUGGUUUUAGCAUGUCAUAAGAAAAAAGGAGUAAUGAAAAUAAAUUUGUGUUUUGGAUGUGAUCGAGAAUGAUAUGACAUCCGGUUUAUGGGGGAGGGGGGGGGGAGAUCGGGUCAAAUGAAAAUUUAGGACGAGGGUGGUAGACCCUAAAUAGUUAGGAUGAUGGCGAAUGAGAAGAACAAUAUUAUUCCUGUGCAUUGAUUAUGGCCCAAAUAAUUGAACGUAUUUACGUGACUUACGGUACACUGUUGUAUACUCAGUUUGAAGGAAAUAUACCAAUCAAUCAAUUGUAUGUCGUUUUUAAGAAUAUUAAUAAUGAUAUUCGGAUUUUGUUCGCAGCAUUUUUACGGCGGUACAUCGAGUGAUUAUUACAAACAGACAGAAUGUGCACCGCAUACCGGUUAGUAUAUUAUAUAAUACAAGUUCAGUAAUUUAGGGAUGUAGAUUAUUUAUCCGGUAGGAAUGGGUAUUAUUUUUUUUAGAUGGUCACGGAUGUGCAACUGUUAUAGGUUGUUUAGCUGGGAAGUUAGGAUACGUAGAGUUAUUUAAUUUAUAUUUGUGAGCAACAAUAAACCAUUGUUAUAAACAUGGUUGGCAAGAACUAAAACCAAUGAAAUCGGUAACACCGUAAAUAUUUACUGAUGGGCAAUGAGAAAAACUAAAUAGUUACAAUUCAAUUAGAUUUACGGCAAUCUGGCGUCCCGGUUUAAUUAUUUUAAUUUUCGCAAACGAUGUGCUCUAUCAGAAAUUUUGCUCCAAUCAAAAAAUGACGAGAUAUCGAUUUUGUUCCUUUUAAUAUACAGCCAUUGGCCGAGAAAGUCAUUCUUAGAUUCCAAGCGUAGCGAGGGUGCUAUUGGUUUUACAAUGCUGUUUAUUUUUUUUUCUUUGUUGUUCUAGUCUGUAGACACGUUUUUUCCUAGUAAACUUACCCCGAUUUUCACGUGUAGCAAUUUUUCUGCAAUCUCAAGUUGUCUAGAUUGUACUUUUAACAGGCCAUUUUUUGAUUUUCGAUGCCAUUUUUUAAAUAAAAGCAUUUUAGUGGGAAAAAACGUAAGAAAACGUAAAUUUUCACGAUUUCAUUAUUUUAUAAAAACACGGACGACGUUUUCUACCAGAAAAAAUUUUUACUUCGCCAAAACUUUCGAGCCACUUUUGAGCUUUUAAGAAAUUCUAAUUUUCGAAAGUAUUUUUGCUGUAAUUCGGUCAUAAAUACAAGUAGGGACUUGAAACUUGGUGAUAAUACUUAUAUUGGACUUACCGAAACGUGAUAAAAUAUCCAUAAUGACCGGAUGAAUUUUUUAAUAACCUUUUUGAAAUAAAAUUUAAAUGAAAAUUGUAAAAAAAAUUACGGCACUUCAAAUUAUGUAUUACUAAACUGCGCUCGGAAUCGUCUUUCUUCAAGCAAUGGUUUUUCGUUGCUUACAGAUAUAAAUGAAAUAACCUUAUGUAUUUAUGUAUCUAUUCUACCUUCUCCCAACUUCGCACCUACAACAGUGGCCGCUACUAUCCCCAGUAUCAGUUAUUUUUUUUUUUUGUACUUUAAACCACUUUUAUCUUAGAAAACUUGCUCCGAUAUAUAAGUGUAGCACCUUUUCUGAAAGUUAAUUUUAUCUUCUUGGUAAAUACGUAGUUCAUUUUUUUUUUGAUUUUCGAAAUGGUAUUUAAUAUAAAAACGAUUAAUCGUGGAAAAAAAUACGAUUUUUUCAUAAUUUCGUUAUUUUAAAUAAGUACCUACCAUGUUUUCCAACACAAAUAUGGCUCCAAUUGAAAAACGACAAAAGGCCUUUUUUGUUUCAUUGUACAUCUUGUUUCUCAUGGCGCAAGUCGUUUACAUAUAUAUUGUUGAGCAUCACUAUCAACUGAAUUGCUCUCAGAAUCGUUUUCUCGUUAGCAAUGGUUUAUCGUUGCUUACAGGUAUACAUUAAAUUACUUAUAACAGUGACUGUAACUGUCUUCAUUAUUCUAGGACGUCUUUUUGCAAAUGAUAUUUGUACGGUUUGUUUGUCACAGGAUACCGUCAAUUGUCCAGCGACCGAGGGUAUCGGCAACUGUCCAGCGACCAAGGGUACCACCAGCUGUCCAGCGACCAAGGGUACCACCAGCUGUCCAGCGACCAAGGGUACCACCAGCUGUCCAGCGAUCGGUCAUAUCAGCAGCUCUCAAGCGACUGUGUGAGUGGAUACGAGUACGAAGCUGGCAGCCUAUAUGCGUAUGACAAUCCUACUGCCAAUAACGAUUUCGGAAGUGGCGACUCUUCAUCGUUCAGUCGAAGUCGAUAUCACCCUUGUGGAGGCGGUAAUCCCACGUUCCUGAUGGAACCAUCGGAAACGUAUUACAUGGAGCAGCAAGAUCAGGUGUCUGAUGAGACAAUCACUUCAUUGUCCCUGCCGUACUUGAGACGGGCCGGUGACUAUUCUAAUUAUUUUUCUCAACAAGAAAAUCAAAACUAUUCAUCAGUAGAAAUGCCACUGAAACGGCCCACUACGUUAGAGGUGUGUGUAUAUUAUUUUAUUGUGAAAAAUUGCGUGCUUUUGAAGUGUAAAUGAAACAAUGCAUUUUACCAUUUUUUUUUAAUACAUAUUAACAAAAAUAUAAUAAUAAUGUGUAUUGUUUAAAAUUGAAAAUUGAUAUCAAUAAUGUUAUUUAAUAUGGCUUAUGAACGUGUUUAUUGUUUUGUUUGCAGCCAAGUACACCUUCAAGAUUACGAUCCAGCUUGAAAAAAUCUGUGUACGGUAGUCGGCAAACAGCUUUUGGAUCGUUGAGUCCUGGAGGUUAGUAUUAAUAUGUCGAAAACUUUGGAUAUUAUUAUAGUAUAUUUUGUUAAUUUUUCAGUGUCCCCAACCAAUCCUACACCCCCGGAUAGUUUAACUAGUGAUGACAGUAGUUAUAUGUCAGCUAGAGAUAGUUCAGCAACGUCAUUGUCUACAGCUCGCGUUCGAUUUUCGCCUAUAACGCUACUUGACUUGCCAACUCAUGGGCAACAACAGGACUCAACUAUUCCUUUACAAGCAUCAUCCUCUUCUUCCAGACGUUCAUCGUCCAUAUCAGAAUUCAUUACGUAAUAUUUUGGUCUGAGAAUUGAAAAAUGAUGAUAAUAAUAUUGUAAUCCAGUCAGUAUUUAAUUAAAAAUUCUUUAUACUAUACAUAAUAUAAUUUUAUAUCAACCAUUACACAUAAUAUAGUGUCUUGGUAUUUUUAUAUUUCUUUUUUUUUAUAUUAUAUAUAUAUAUAUUUUAUUAUUAAGUUUUUAAUGCAUAGACAAUUUGUCUCAAUAGAGUAUUUUAUGGUUAAACAUAUACUCGUUUUUCCAUGUGAUAACAAUUAGUUAAUAUUGAUGUUAAAACGACC